UAAAGAUGGCGGGGCCCCGGCCCCGCCUUCCUCGCGAGCCGCGCAGUCCGCGCGGUUGCGGGACCGCCGCGGAGGCCUGGGACACGGGUUUCUGUGAUUGGCGGAGGGCGUGGCUGGGCCGUCACGUGGCUCGGGGCGCGUUUGUUUGCGGAAGUAGGAGGAAGUAGAAGUGCUGAGUAAGCCUAGAUUUCACCGUGCCUGCUGCCCACCAUGUGCCCUCCUUCACUAUGGCCUUGUGACCCGAGUAUCCCAAAUCCCUAAUCCUGUGUACCUACUGCUCCCACGGAUGACUUGGACGCUGACUGCAGGGGCCAGCAGUGGGGCCUCCCCACCUACCCCACAGAAGAUGCAGUUCUUCGGCCGCCUGGCCAGUACCCUCAGUAACGUCACCAGCUUGUUCUCUAAUCCAUUCCGGGUGAAGGAGGUGGCUAUGGCAGACUACAACUCGAGUGGCCAGGUUCGGGAGGAAGGGCAGCUGAUCCUGUUCCAGAACAGCCCCAGUCGCACCUGGGACUGCGUCCUGGUCAACCCCAGGGACUUACAGAGUGGAUUCCGACUCUUCCAGCUAGAGGUGGAGGCCAGUGCCCUCAGGAGCUUCCAGCAGUAUUCUUCCCAGUUGCCACCCUUCUACGAGAGCUCCACCCACGUCUUGAACACUGAGGUCCUGCAGCAGCUGACCGACCUCAUCCGCAACCACCCCAGCUGGUCAGUGGCCCACUUGGCCGUGGAGUUGGGGAUCCGAGAGUGCUUCCAUCACAGCCGCAUUAUCAGCUGCGCCAACAGCAGGGAGACUGAGGAGGGCUGUACGCCCCUGCACCUGGCCUGCCGCAAGGGUGACUGGGAGAUCCUGCUGGAGCUGGUGCAGUACUGCCACGCCCAGAUGGAUGUCACCGACAACAACGGAGAAACCGCCUUUCAUUACGCUGUCCAGGGUGACAAUUCCCAGGUGCUGCAGCUCCUAGGGAAGAAUGCGUCGUCUGGCCUGAACCAGGUGAACGACCAAGGGCAGACCCCGCUGCACCUGGCCUGCCAGAUGGGGAAGCAGGAGAUGGUCCGCGUGCUGCUGCUGUGCAAUGCUCGGUGCAACGUCAUGGGGGUCACUGGCUACCCCAUCCACACGGCCAUGAAGUUCUCCCAAAAGGCGUGUGCUGAAAUGAUCAUCAGCACGGACAGAAAACAGAUCCACAGCAAAGACCCCUGCUACGGAGCCAGCCCCCUCCACUGGGCCAAGAAUGCAGAGAUGGCCCGCAUGCUGCUGAAACAGGGCUGCGACGUGAACAGCACCAGCUCCAUGGGAAACACAGCCCUGCAUGUGGCCGUGAUGCGCAACCGCUUUGACUGCGUCGUGGCGUUGCUGACCUACGGGGCCAACGCUGAUGCCCGGGGAGAGCACGGCAACACCCCGCUACACCUGGCCAUGUCGCAGAAAGACAAUGUGGAGAUGAUCAAGGCCCUCAUUGUGUUUGGGGCAGAGGUGGACACCCCAAAUGACUUUGGAGAGACUCCUGCAUUCAUAGCCUCCAAGAUCAGCAAACUUGUCACCAGGAAGGCGCUCUUAACACUGCUGAGAGCCGUGGGGGCCGACCACCAAGGGGCCCCCUCGGAGCAGGGCCCCGCAGCAGCACCGCAUUCCUACUUGUCCCCGGGAACAUCUCAGCCCCCACCGAUCUGCUUAAACAGCCUAGAGCUGCAGGACCUCGUGCAGAUCUCCCGGGCUCGGAAGCCAGCAUUCAUCCUGAGCUCCUUGAGGGAUGAGAAGCGGACCCACGAACACCUUCUCUGCCUGGACGGAGGGGGAGUGAAAGGCCUCAUCAUCAUCCAGCUCCUCAUCGCCAUCGAGAAGGCCUCGGGCGUCGCCACCAAGGACCUCUUUGACUGGGUGGCGGGCACCAGCACCGGGGGCAUCCUGGCCCUGGCCAUUCUGCACAGCAAGUCCAUGGCCUACAUGCGUGGCGUGUACUUCCGCAUGAAGGAUGAGGUGUUCCGGGGCUCGCGUCCCUACGAGUCGGGGCCCCUGGAGGAGUUCCUGAAGCGGGAGUUUGGGGAGCACACCAAGAUGACAGACGUCACGAAACCCAAGGUGAUGCUGACAGGGACACUGUCUGACCGGCAGCCUGCGGAACUCCACCUCUUCCGGAACUAUGAGGCUCCGGAGUCUGUACAGGAGCCUCGCUUCAGCCAGAACAUUAACCUAAAGCCUCCAACGCAGCCCUCAGAGCAGCUGGUGUGGCGGGCAGCCCGGAGCAGUGGGGCCGCCCCCACCUACUUCCGGCCUAAUGGGCGCUUCCUGGAUGGCGGGCUGCUGGCCAACAACCCCACACUGGAUGCCAUGACCGAGAUCCAUGAAUACAACCAGGACAUGAUCCGCAAGGGUCAGGGCAACAAGGUGAAGAAACUCUCCAUUGUCGUCUCUCUGGGGACGGGGAAGUCCCCGCAGGUGCCGGUGACCUGUGUGGAUGUCUUCCGUCCCAGUAACCCCUGGGAACUGGCCAAGACAGUGUUUGGGGCCAAGGAACUGGGCAAGAUGGUGGUGGACUGUUGCACAGACCCGGAUGGGCGCGCCGUGAACCGGGCCCGGGCCUGGUGUGAGAUGGUCGGCAUCCAGUACUUCAGACUGAACCCCCAGCUGGGGGUGGACAUCAUGCUGGAUGAGGUCAGCGACACGGUGCUGGUCGGCGCCCUCUGGGAGACUGAGGUCUACAUCUAUGAGCACCGGGAGCAGUUCCAGAAGCUCAUCCAGCUGUUGCUCUCACCAUGAGGCCACCAGGCCCCAGCUGCCCCCAGUCACCCCACCCACCCAGUCCCAGCUGGGGAGGCCAGGCGUGGCCCUGCCACUACACCGAUGGGCAGAGCACGGCCUAGGCACCCGUGCAGACUGGGCCUCAUAGGGCAGGAGGCUGGUCCUGGAGGCCUCUCUCCCCUCUACCCUUGCCUUGUGUCACUCUGUCAUUCUGGGGUUAGAAAGCCUAGAGCCUCACUUGGGCCCUUUCGCAGCUGCCAAGGAUAACUGACUCUCGGGCCCCUCACCUGGUCAGCUCGAACACUAGGUUGCCUGGUGUGUCCCAGAGGAUCCUCAGCAAUUCCAGGUACCCUGGAGGGGGCGGCAGUGACCCCUUCUGCCCUCUGUCCUCAUCUUUAGGGCUUGAGCUAGAGAAACCAGCUGUCACCCAGCCCACAGUAAGGGAAACCCAGGCUCCAGGAAUGGGGUGCCCCAUUUGACUUUGCCCCUCAACACACACCCAGCCACCUGCACCCCUCAGAGCCACCCCACCCGGUGUGAUCUCCUCAUCUCUCAAAGGUCACUGCUGGGACCUCACAUUAUUUUUCCAGACAGGAAGUUGGCUGUGCAUGGGAGGGGCCCCAGGGGCUGCCGCAAACUGUGAAAUAAACGGAUUCCAGUUCA